ACACGUUGUUUACAAUCAUAGCCACCACACGGAAGUGCGUAACAUCUGACCAGUCGGUAUACACGUGGGCAAAGAAGCAAGUUUAAUGUGCUAGAAACAUGUCGAAAAAGCAAAGCGCAGUUUCCGAUGAUACUCACAAGUCCUUAGCGGAGGAAAACCGGGACGAGCCUCCGGUGAGCAGGAGGACCCGCAGCGGCCGCGCCGUGCGUGCUCCAGUCACACUGCUGAGCUCCGAAACUCCGGUGAGAAGUUCUAGCCGUCGGACCAGGAGGUCUGUCAUACCGGAGCAGACAGAACCAGUUUGUUUAGAACCUACGCCAGUGGAGCCGGUCGAGACGGAGCCCAUAGAGGUCUGUGUAGAACCCACGCCAGUGGAGCUGGUUGAAUCAAAGCCCAUAGAGGUCUGUGUAGAACCCACACCAGUGGAGCCGAUUGAGGCAAAGCCCAUAGAGGUCUGUGUAGAACCCACACCAGUGGAGCCGAUUGAGUCGAAGCCCAUAGAGGUCUGUGUAGAACCCACACCAGUGGAGCCGGUUGAGGCGAAGCCCAUAGAGGUCUGUGUAGAACCCACGCCAGUGGAGCCGGUUGAAUCAAAGCCCAUAGAGGUCUGUGUAGAACCCACGCCAGUGGAGCCGGUUGAAUCAAAGCCCAUAGACGUCUGUGUAGAACAUGCGCCAGCUGAGCAGUGCACAGAAGCAGCAACAGACGGCCAAGUAUCCAAGCCUUCACCGGCGGAAAGAGCCCCAGCGACUGCAGAGUCAACCCCACGUAAGAAGCCUCGUCUUGGGCCAAGUGUGAAGCCCAAUGCAGUAGUUAUUCCACUGGGGAAGCCCAAAUCAGGGCGAGUGUGGAAGGAUCGUAACAAACAGAGGUUCUCAGCAUUGGUCAGAGACACAGCACUGUGCACCUCCUGGGAGAAGAAGAUGGCGGCCAAGCGAGAGAAGCAGCUGGUGCAACAGUACUCGUUGCAGCUGAAAGAGCAGAAAGCCAAACAGAAAGAGGAGAAGAGGAAACGGAGAGAGGAGAACUUGAAACGACGUGAGGAGAACGAGCGCAAGGCAGAGAUUGUACAAGUGAUACGGAACACGGCAAAGAUCAAGAGGAUGAAGAAGAAGCAGCUGAGGAAGAUCGAGAAACGGGACACGCUUGCGCUGAUGGAGAAGACGAGAGACAAGCAGAACGUCAACAGCAAACAAGCAAAGAAAAACAAGACUAAAAAUUUGACCUGAGGGCUGAAACUACGUUGCAUGUUAUUUCUUUCCAACACACACACACACACAAAAGUGGAUUUAGUGGAUUAUUUAUGUAUAAAGUCAGUUUGAAGCUGUCUCCACAUAAAUAAAACAGUUGUUGCUGUACUUCCCACACGCAGGACUUUCUAUUAAACCAAGUAUUAAC